AUGCUCAGGGCAGCCUCGGCCAUGGCCGCCCAGGCGAGCUCGGGCGCAGAGGGCCUUCAGGCCGUCAGCUCUGCCCUCCUCAGCCAGGCAAAGGCACAGGUCAUCGCAGGCGGCAUCACCGAUGCAGCCAACACCGACCAGCACCCAAUCUCGGCCGUUGCGGCGGGCCUGGCCCCCGAAAUCGCGGGCCAGGCGACGCAGAUGGCGCGCAACCUCAGCGAUAGCACCCAGUACUCGGCCGCCCUCAGCGCCCGCAUCGCCACGGCCCUGCAUUCGCAGACCGACGCUCCGGGAUCCUUGUGGGCGCACGGCAGUCCUGCACUGACGGCCAUGCAGGCCACCACAGGCGCUGCAGAGGUCCAGAUGGGACAGAUCGCCGCUCGCGCUGCCGUCAAGGAAGCCGAGAGCCAGCUACGGGCCCAGGCCAUCCUCCGCACCGCCGUCUCGUCGGCGCCGCAGAUCUCGGGCUCACUGGCCCAGAGGCGGGGCUCCCACGGCCCACUCGCCGCAACGCAGGCUCGGGGCCCCUCAUCCGGCCCGACUGCUGCGGUUGCCGCGUCGGCCCCGUCCACCUAUCCGACCGCGUCGGCGGCGGCGGCGUCGGUAUCGGCCUUCGACUACCUCCGGCACCUUGGCCUCGGCCACAUUGCCAUUCCUUCGGCCGGCCUCGAGCAGGCGUGGGGCAGGAGCCCCGCGGCGAGCGGCGAAGGCGGUUCCAGAAUCUGGGACUCGACCAACCCGACCAUGGGCUUCAGCCUGAGCGGCGUGCCCAGCAUGCCACUGAUGCCGACGCCGCCCUUGCAGAUGCUGCCGCCGCCCGUGUCGCCGUCGUUCCGAAAGCGAAGAACGCGUGGCAAGUACUGGCUGCCCCAUCACAGCAGGCUGGCUUCCCACAGCCUCGACGACGAGAGCGCGGGCGGCGACGGGGGCAUCGACGAAUCGCAACCCAACAUGAUGUCGGCCGUCCCCUACCCUUUCCAGGUGGUGCAGACGCCCGGCGGCACCGCCCGGCCCGGCUGGUGGGUGCCGCCCUCUGAGGUCUCUUCCGAGCAGCAGCGGAGGGUCAAGAAGAGCGCGCGGCGGGAUUCGUCGACUCCGGACCGCAGCGAGGAUCCGCAGCAGUCGCUCGAGCGGGUGCCGAAGACGAUCGACGAAGAGGACGAGGACCAGCUGCCCUUUUUCCAGCCGACCUUCCGCGACUUCACCAGCGACGAAUACGCCGCGCUCGCAUCGGCGGCCGCAUAUGCCACCGCUGCGCUCACAUCGGCCAGCUCGGCGACUGGCAAACCUCACGAGCCCGGCAGCGGUCCUCGGUGGAGGUCGCUCGAAGCCUCGGAGCAGGAGAUGAUCGCUGCACAGCUGCGUGCCUGGGCUGGUCUCGAAGGGCCCGAGAAGCAGGCCGAGGCGCGCGAAGAGCUCGAAAAGAGGCAGAUCCAGCUGAUCAGCGAGGCGCGGCAGGCGCCAUCGCCGCUUCCCGGCGCAUCGGCAGCCGGCGGCCUCGAGCAGCCCAGCAGCGCCAGCAGUUUCUUCCCGCCAGACUUUGCGAGCCACUACCGCACCCAGCUGCAGGCGCUGGCCGAGGGCUACUAUGCUCGACUCCACAGCGAAGGCCUCCGCGAGGGCCAAUGGGCUGACCCGAGCCAGGCAGACGGACCUCCAUCGUCUGGAGCCCUCUCCUCACUCAACGUCAAGGCGCCCCGCGAGCCAGAGACUGUGCUGAUCGACCGCCACUCCAGCCAUGGCAGCCUUGCGAUGGAAGGCAUCGUGCCUCAGGCCGCGCUCCCGGGAUCUGCCCAGCCCAACGAGCCACCGAUUGCGACGCCCACGCUCGGCCCGGGCGCCCAGGACCCGGUCAAGCUGCUGACGGCGGCCUCGAAUGCCGCCGGGACCGAAGUCACGGCUCCCGAGGUACGCGACCAGCUCCUCCAGUACGCCCACUCGCUCUACUCGACUGGCAACCGCGACGCCCCGCCCGACGCCAGGGGCACCGACCGGCUGCACCCGAGCCUGCUUCCGCUCCUCCACACGCUGCACAAGCUCCAUCCCAGGCACCUGCCCACGCUGCUGCUCCUCUCCUGCGCCUACUAUGCUGCCGAGAACCACGCCGGCUCGCUGUGGUACAACAACCAGAUCCUCCGCAUCGACCCCAACUAUGUCGAGAGCAUGAGCAACAUUGGCACCACUCUCCGUGCCCUUGGCCGGUGGAAGGAGGCAGAGACCUGGUGGUGGCGAGCGAUCAAGCUGCGGCCCGGCUACUGGGACGCCUACGAGAACCUGCUCGGCGUCAUGUGCUCGCCCGUCAGCCAGACCAAGAGCGAAGGGCUCGAGGUACCGUCUGGGGAGACGGCAUCCGCCGCGCCCGAACGCGGCUCCCAGGCGGUCGAGGUGAUUGAGCCGCGCUUCGCCGCCGCACUGAAGCUGUGCGAGUACGUCGAGAGCUACAUUGUUCCCAGGCGCAGCACCCCGGCCACCGGCCUGCCGCAGCACGCGCCCUCGCACCUGCCGUUGACGCAGAUCCCCCGCCUUCAGAACCUGUACUACGCCAAAGGCAACCUGAAGUACGUGCUGCCCGAGUGGGGCCCGGUCCCCGCCGCUACCGAGUACCAAAAGUCGAUCGAGAUCGUCUUGUCGCCGUCAGAGCACGACCUAUAUUCGCUUCGCGAUCUGGUCGUUGCCACCUGCGUUGUCGGUGUCCUGUCGAUGGGCGCGAUGCUGCCGGGCUCGGCCGCGGCCGCGGCGGCCGUUCAAGUGGCGACGGCCAUCGGUAUCGAUCCUGCGAACCCGGAUCAGGCGGCGCUCGUGUCGACGGGCAUGUACGCCGCGCUGCGACCCGGCGGUGGCAUCCUCGCGCUCGUCCGUGACAGCGGCGAUCGGAUCGUCCAGACGCUUCUGCAGCUGGGCGGUGGGCAGCUGCCCAUGGUCAUGGUCCUGCCCGAGGUGGCGAGGCGCUUCUGCGACGUCCUCUUUGCCGAGACUGGAGGCGUGCUGCCCUCGAUGGCGCCGCGAGGAGCGGCGGGGGCAACGCAGGAGACUCCGGCCGUUCAGCAGGCUCGGAAGCAGGCGGCACAGACCAGCUCGACGAUCCUGCUGACGCUGGCCAAGCUCUUCCAGGACUCGACGUCGAAUCCGGUCCCCGGCCCCCACGGCCCUCUGACGCUUGGCGGCAUCCCGCCUUCGGUCUCGCUGCUGCUGCCGCUCUACUACCUAUCUAUCUCGAUGCACCCCUCGGCCUCGACCUGCAACAACCUUGGCAUCCUGCUGUCGACCAUCCCCGUCGUCACCAUGGUUGUCAACCCGGCCGGCCAGCACCAGCAGCUCAACGGCCAGGCACUCGCCAUGCAGUUCUACACGCACGGCCUUCAGCUCGACCCGCGGCACCCGCACAUCUACACCAACCUCGGCAGCCUGCUCAAGGACCUUGGCCACCUGCACGAGGCCAUCAAGAUGUAUGAAAAGGCCGUCGAGUGCAACCCGACGUUUGACGUCGCGCUGGCCAACCUCGGCAACGCGAUCAAGGACCAGGGACGCACCCAGGACUCGAUCGUCUACUAUCGCCGCGCCGUAGAGGUUAAUCCGCACUUCCCCGAGGCCCUGUGCGGCCUGGUCAACGCGCUUCUGGCGGUCUGCGACUGGCGCGAGGUCUACUCGGACGACCCGGCCCGGCCUGGCUGGAUGGACAGCGUUUCGAAGCUCGUCACCAAGCAGCUUCGCGAGGGUUGUCAGUACGGUGGCGGAGCGCUCCAGUCCGAGGGCCAGCUAGGCGACUGGGUGUCGGCCGUCGUCACGGCGCUAGCGGACCGCCGGGAGGCUGCCGCCAGCAUGUGGGCUGCCAAACUUGGCCAGUUCUACCAGCCGUUUGAUCGCAUGGAGUCGCUGGUGUGCGAGGGCGGCUUCGUGAUCCGGCUGAUGGAGCGCCUGAUGCGCCGGGUCCAGCGCAAGUGGUACCUCGACGCCUACGGCCCGCUCGCCUCGUCUUCCGAGGCCCAGCUGCGGGUGCAGACGACGCCGGCGGAGCGCCAGCGAUACGCCAAGCUCAAGCUGCCCGCCUGCCUGGUGGCCCCGGCCGUGCCGACGGUGCUGCCCUUCCACACGUUCACCUAUCCGCUCUCGGCCCGCCAGAUCCGGCUCAUCUGCCACCGUAACGCGCUGCGCAUCUCUCAGGGCACGCUGACGCAGAUGUGGCUCCCGGACCACGUCUACCCUCCGCCCUCGCCGCCGGCGCCCAAGAUCAACGUCGGCUACAUCUCGUCCGACUUUAACAACCACCCGCUGGCCCACCUGAUGCAGUCGGUGUUCGGCUUCCACGACCUCGAGCGCUUCAACGUCUUCCUCUACGCCACCACCGCCUCCGACAGCAGCCCGUACCGCGCCAAAAUCGAGCGCGAGGCCCAGCACUUUGUCGACGUCUCGUCCUGGUCCCACCAGCAGAUCGUCGAGCGCGUCAUCGCCGACAACAUCCACGUCCUCAUGAACCUCAACGGCUAUACCAAGGGCGCCCGCAACGAGGUGUUUGCCGCGCGCCCCUGCCCGGUGCAGAUGCAGUUCAUGGGUUUCGCCGGAAGCAUGGCCGCUGGCUGGACGGACUGGGUCGUGGCCGAUCCCGUCGUGUGCCCGCCCGAGACGACCGCCGUCGAGCGAUGGAGGCAGGCGCGCGCGACGGGCCAGCUGGCGCAACGGGCGCGCCUGACGGACCUGGGCGCCGACCUGGACCCCGAGGAGCCGAGCGAGGACUGGCUCUACAUGGACCGCUUCCUCUACAUGCCCCACUCGUACUUUGUCAACGACCACGCGCAGGGCUUCCGCGAGCCCGCGACGCGCCAGGGCGCCGACGGCGGCAUCGUCCACCCGCACCAGAUGAGCGACGAAGAGGCGUGGGCCGAGGAGGAGCAGAAGCGGUACGCGAUGCGCAAGCAGCUCUUUCCGGACCUGCCGGACGACUACAUCGUCUUUGCCGACUUCAACCAGCUGUACAAGUGCGACCCAAUGCUCUUCCGGCUCUGGCUGCGCAUCCUGCAGCGGGUGCCCAAGUCGAUCCUCUGGCUGCUGCGCUUCCCGGCGUCGGGCGAGCCGCACCUGCUGCAGGAGGCACGCAAGCACGCCGGCGACGAGGUGGCGGCGCGCGUCAUCUUUACCGACGUGGCGCCCAAGCACAUCCACAUCCACCGCGGUCGCAUCGCCGACCUCUUCCUCGACACGACCGAAUGCAACGCCCACACGACGGCGGCCGACAUCCUGUGGUCCGGCACGCCGGUGCUCACGUGGCCGCGCCACCUGCACAAGAUGUGCUCGCGCGUCGCCGCCAGCAUCGUCCGCGCCACUGGCUUCGGUCCGCAGAUGGAGGUCGACUCGGAGCGCGCCUACGAGGACCGCGCCGUGGCGCUCGCCGAGAGCCUGCGCUACACCGCCGACCCGCCUGCCGGGGCAGUGUCGAGGCGAGGCAGCGGCGAGCUGUCGGACCUGCGUCGCGCCCUCUUCCUCACGCGCGACACCAGCCCGCUCUUUGACACGAGGCGGUGGGUGCGCGACCUGGAGAGGGGCUACGAGGAGGCGUGGAGGAGGUGGGUGGCGGGCACCGACGUCGAAGACUCGGCAGAGUGGGAGGCGCUCCCCGACGACGCGCCCGAGAAGCGGAGCGGGCACAUCUGGAUCUCGCAGCUCUGA